GCGCUCACGUAUUUGGGAGUUUUUACGGACGACCAGACAAUCCCCAAGGCUGUGCACCUGGCGGCCAGUUUGCCGAAACACACCUGGGCCCACUUCACGAGGCCCAAACCCAAGAAGGAGCUGAGCACGGAUCAGAAGAGCAAGUUCCACUUCGUCACAAAGGAGGGCUGGGUGUGCUCGGGCAAUCAGUUGAAGAGCACGCAGUACUACCCGCCCGCCUACUGCCACGCGCUGCACGCCGCUUGGGGGGAG